AUUUAGUUUAGACCCUUUUCUGACAGGCAGCGUCUUUUAAAGGUUGAUGUGCGGGACAAGUCGUCUGCGCUCUACGCAAAUGGCUUAAAACGUUCCCGGCCAUAUCUUACUCGGCAAGCGUUGCCAAGCCUUCAAUCUCUGCUGACUUCGAGACGAGAUCUGCCUCAGAUAUGCGUUUGUUUGCCUUUGUUUUGGUCGUUCUUCUGAGCCAUUUAACGAGCGCCGCUCCUCUUCGCGUAGAUGCCAUCAUCGUGCAGAUCCAGCGGUGGGGUGUGGUUGGAGCUCAGCAUUCUGCAGAGCAAGUUCUGAUCAAUGGAAAUUCUCUCUCAAGCCCAAGCUGGGAGGUCAACAGGAUUAUUGAAAGCAUAUCCACCAUUGCCCUUCUACCCGCUGGAUUCAGCAAUAACCAGACUCCUGCUCUCAAAAAUCAUACUAUUCUUCGCUCUCGGGAGUGCAUCAUAGAGGGGUCGCGGCUCCACUGGACCGACCGGGUGUUUUGCGACGGCAAGGUUUUCCUGACUCUGGAGCAAAACAACACAUGGACAGUCCAUGUACCUGAAGCGAUGGCCCUCAGAGAGCCUUGGGACCAGGAAACGGUGCACCCAAAGAUGGAGAAAAGUCGCCUGCGGGAGGGAUGCGCCCAGCUGAUGAAGGAGCUGAAGUUUUCAGAGGAACAAUCUGUUCAGAAAAUUCCUCUGCCCGGAUUUCUGAUUCCUAUCUUGGCUGUGACGGCCAUUUUAAUACAAAUUUUACUGACCAUGCUUAUCUGCAGAGGCACUGGUCUAAGACACCCUGGGGGUGUGAUUGGCUCCAUUAUCCAUUACCCCAAGGACACAACGUACACUGCCCCUGAGAAGAAAAGUGGUUACAGGACACUGUGACUCAAAAGCUACAUAAAACUGUUCAAUGCAGAGAAGGGAUAAUGUGUUUAAUUCCUACAAACACAAAUAAACUCUUAAAAAAAAAAAAUUAAACGUCUCUUACGCCAUUUAAAAACUAUGCAAAUGAGGCCCUCCGAUGACGCAGGGGUAGUGAGCGAGACCCAUGUAUGGAGGCCUUCAGUCCUCGACGCGGCUGAACCGGGUUUGGUCCUUUGCUGCAUCUCUCUCUUUUUUGCUUGCUCUCUCUAAAAAUGUGUGUGUGUGUGUGUGUGUGUGUGUGUGUGUGUGU